AUGGAAGAAGCUGGGGAUGGUGAUCAUGGCGGCGGUGGGAAUGGGGAUGGGGAAGAGGAUGACAUUGAAAGAACAGAAGAGGAGGCAGAAGCGGUUCAAGAUGCGGACUAUGAUUCUGAUGUGAGUUUCCUGCCUGGUGCAACAAAGGCUGAAGAUGGGAAUGGGGAUGAUGGUGGUGAUGAGAAUGGGGAUGAUGGGAAUGACAGUGAGCGAAGGAGGGGGGAGGUCGAAGCGACACAAGAUGCAGACUACGAUUCUGAUGAGAAGGAGCAGGAGCAGGCGGAGGAGGAGGAAGAGCAAGAAAACGAAGAGGAGGAGGCACGAGUGGUGCUGGUUAGAAGGCCUCGCUCCACUGCUGCAGCACCAGGAGCAGCAGUUUCAAUUGGACGCACGAAAAUGCCUGUGGGAGCAUCAGUGACCAAAAAUAACAAGAGAAAGGGUCCGAGCAAGAGAGGGGCGCUGGCUAAUGGGCCUGGCGCUCUGAAACGCAAGAGUAGGCUCAAGCAACUGGAGGAGGAAGAGGAGGAGGAUGAUGAGGAGGAAGAGGAGGUGGGGCAGGAGGAGGGAACGGGACAGAACGGGGGGAUGCAAGGGGGAGGAGGGGAAGAUGAGGAGGGGGACGAGGAGGAAGAAGGGGAAGAGGAGGAGGAAGAGGAGGAGGAUUUAUUGGCCCUUCCGCUCUCGUUCCCUUGCCAAGCCCCUCAUCUCUCUCUCCUCUUCCCCGUCCAUCCCCAAUCUGCUGUUUCUCCACCACUGCAGCCACCAUCCCGGCAACCGUUCCCCAAGGCCCGCUCCCAGCUUGUUUCAACACCCUUCCGCUCCCAUUCCCUCUCCAACCCCCUCACCUCUCUCUGUCCUCCCCCUUACCAAUUCCAUUCUCCUGUGGGGGUUAGGAUGGGGCGGGAGGGGAGGAGGGAUAGCAGAGACGGGUGGAGGGUAGGUCAGGGAGAGGUGAGGAGGGGAGAGGAGAUUGCGGUGGGGGAGGUGGGGAGUGAGGGAGGUGAAGGAGGGGCAGGCUUAGGUGGGAUGGGUGAGAGGAGUGGUGGGGUGGAUGGCCGGGGGGCGGCAUUUUUUGGCGCUAAUGGGCAUGGGUUGGCAGGUGAUGGUGGGACCGGGAGGGAUGCGAGGAUCUAUGAGAUUUCUCAAAGUUCAGAUGGACGGAGGAAGGAGGAGGAGGAGGAGGAGGAGGAGGAGGAGGAGGAGGAGGAGGAGGAGGAGGAGGAGGAAGGGGGGGAGAAGGAGGAGGGAGUGGGCAAGAGGGAGGGAGGGUGGAAGAUGGAGGAGAGAGAGGACAAGAAAGAGUAA